GUUAAAGUAUGUCUAAUACAGUACUGUAUUAUAACGUGUUUGUGAGUGAUCUGUGUUUUGAUUGGUUGUGAGUGCGUGAGUGUCGACCCAUUUAUACUCUAGUUUUCAACGAAUGCAUUGAAUUUGAAAUUUAGUGCUAAAACUGAAACACAUUAACAUUGAGUCCAAUGAUUGAGUGAAUCAAACAUUGAAAGCAUUGAAACAUUGAUUGCAAUUAAACCAUCACUUCAUUGAUUGUCACCAUUUGUUACACUUAUUCAAUGGCCACUACUUUGACCACCGAUUACUACAGAGAUUUGGUCACUACUGAGACCAAUAAAUUUAAAAUAUUAUGCCAUCAGUGGACACAAACGAUGGACAACGAACCCGAUAUUACCGAAGAAGCCGUCGGUCAUAUCCGGUCAACAAUCGGCAAAACAAAUCUAUUCAUAAAUCAAAGGUUUAAACAGUUUAGUGGACUCAUCGAUGACUGCGAAAUGAAAAGAGGUGUCAAAGAGACAAAGGUUGAAGAUCUUCAAGGCUUUUGGGAAAUGAUUUACUUUCAAAUACUGGAUUUGCAUCAAUCAUUUGAACGACUCAAUCAACUCAAAGACAACAAAUGGACUGAACUCGAAGUUAAGCCUAAAGAUGUACCCAAAGCUGCGCCCAAUAAAAGAGUUAUUAAAGUACUUCCCAAACACACAUCUAAACCAAUAGUCAGAUCUAAGAUCAGGGAACAGAUCCAAAAUAUGAGGAACAAGAGCUCAGAACAAUUGAUUAACAAAAAUGAAAGUUUCGGCGAAAAAGAGAACCAAAAGAUCGAUACGUCUAACAAAACACUUGAAGUGAAGAAAUUGGAGACAAUUGUCGACAAACAGUCGGAUAAUAGUAUAACUUGUGUCAAGAAUACCAUUAAAAGAACACCUCUUAAGAUGACAAUUAAGAAAUGAUGUAUUGAUUACAUUGUAUCAUAUCUUCAAAUACUUUUAAUAAUUAAAUUUGUGAUUUUAUUAAAUUAUCUCAACAUUUAACAGUAUUUUAUUCA